AAAGAAACAUCUUAAGCUGUUUCAAAGUGCUUGAAGUAUCUGCCACUGAAAUUGUCUGAAAUGAAAACAUUCUGAUCAAAUCCAUUGGAUAACUUUUCACAUUAUGCAGUCAGCUGCCACACCACCAUUCUAUCAACUCGUGAGCUUCAGGCCAAAGCUUCAAACUUUUCCAUCAAAAUCUCGACUUUGCUCCUUAGGGACCCCUUUCUGCAGACUAAGAAUGGCUUCAGUUUCUGGGUUUGGGCUGAGACCCCUAAGGGCCUUGGGUGGUUCUUCUUCAUCUUCUGCAAGUGAUGAUGGGUUUGUCACAUUUAUAGAGUAUGUGGGAAAGGAAGGAAUGAAUGUGAAAGAUGAUUUGGUGGUGUUGCUUGAUCACAUACAGUAUGCUUGCAAGAGAAUUGCAGCUCUUGUGGCUUCUCCUUUCAAUUACAGCCUUGGCAAACAAACUGGUCUUGCAUCUGUUGGUUCCGAUAGGGAUGCUCCUAAGCCUCUUGAUAUUGUCUCGAAUGAAAUCAUCUUGUCAUCACUCCAAAAAUCCGGUAAAGUUGCUGUCAUGGCUUCAGAAGAAAAUGAUGAACCAACUUGGAUAAGAGACGAUGGUCCAUACGUGGUAGUAACAGAUCCCCUAGAUGGUUCUCGAAAUAUUGAUGCAUCAAUUCCAACGGGUACAAUUUUUGGUAUUUAUAAGCGCCUUGAGGAACUAGAUAAUCUACCCACUGAGGAGAAGGCUACUCUGAAUUCACUCCAGAGUGGAAGUAAGCUGAUUGCUGCUGCCUAUGUUCUCUAUUCUUCUGCAACUAUACUCUGCAUCACCUUUGGUUCAGGAACACAAGCAUUCACUCUUGAUCAUUCUACCGGAGACUUUGUUCUCACAAAUCCAAGCAUUAAAAUUCCCCCCCAUGGGCAAAUUUAUUCUGUAAAUGAUGCGCGAUAUUUUGACUGGCCUGAAGGUUUAAGACAAUAUAUAGACACUGUUAGACAAGGAAAAGGUAGAUACCCCAAGAAGUACUCGGCCAGGUAUAUAUGUUCUCUGGUGGCUGAUCUCCACAGAACUUUGUUGUAUGGGGGUGUGGCAAUGAACCCAAGGGACCAUCUUCGUCUUGUUUAUGAAGCAAACCCUCUUAGUUUCAUUGUAGAGCAGGCUGGUGGGAGAGGGUCUGAUGGCAAAAAUAGAAUUCUUUCCCUUCAACCAGUUAAACUGCACCAAAGACUCCCUCUCUUUAUGGGGAGCUUGGAAGACAUGGAAGAGUUAGAAAGUUAUGGGGAUAUCCAACAAAAAGUUAAUCCUGGUUAUGAGGUUUGAUGCUGUGUACAUCAUGCAUGCAAAAUUUUGAAUAUUCAAUGCUUCAACCUUCAUGGUGCCUGACUAAUUGUUCCAGUGUUCUUCACUUGUGUUGUAUGUACUGCUUUAUCCAUUGUGUUAAUAUAGCUUUAAUUCUCUGAUCAAACUCAUGCUCUCAUAAAUAAAAAUUCUCUUUCAAUAA